CCUCGGUCUUCUCGCACCCACCCGACCUCUCUCCCUCUCUCUCUCCCGAUCGACUUGUAUUGUUGCCGCCGCAGACUCGCAGGUCCUCCAAGCUCCCACAUCUUUACCUGAACGCGAAGAAAAGUAGCUGGGAGAAGCUGAUUGCCGCCGCCGCUACCCCCUGCCUCGCCGCUCGGCUCCGCCCUUUCAUUUCAGAUGCCUCCCUCCCUGCUUCUUCAACUUCAGGCCUGCCCAUUAUUCAGCAUCGCAUCAGAGGAUUCUGAAGAUCGACUAAUGUGAUGUCAAUAGCGUGCUGCUUGCCGGUCGUCGAGUGCGUGUAUUGCCUUGCGUGUGCACGGUGGGCGUGGCAGCGCUGCCUUCACUCUGGAGGCUAUGACAGUGAGACCUGGGGUGUUGCAUCAGCUGCAGAGUUUGAGCCCGUGCCACGGUUGUGUCGGCUAAUCCUCUCGGUCUAUGAGGAUGACCUCGAGAACCCCCAGUGGGCUCCCCCAGGGGGUUACGGCAUGGAGCCGCGCUGGGUGGUUCACCGGAGGACAUAUGAGCACACUCAUGGCCCUGCCCCGACGUACCUGCUGUACAUUGAUCACCGGCAUUCAGAUGUUGUGCUUGCUGUUCGGGGGAUGAAUAUGGCUAAAGAGAGUGACUAUGCUGUGCUACUGGAUAAUAAGCUUGGCCAGAGGAGGUUUGAUGGUGGAUAUGUGCACAAUGGCUUGCUCAAGGCUGCCGAAUGGGUGUUUGAUGCUGAAUGUGAUGUUCUGAGGGACCUUUUGGAGAAGAAUCCUGGUUACACACUCACAUUCGCUGGGCAUUCUCUUGGUUCUGGUGUCGUGGCGAUGCUGGCUUUGGUGGCAGUGCACAACAAGGAGCGGCUGGGUGGCAUAGAAAGGAAGAGGAUAAGAUGUUUCGCAAUGGCACCUGCCCGGUGCAUGUCCCUCAAUUUGGCAGUCCGUUAUGCAGAUAUCAUUAACGCAGUUAUUCUUCAGGAUGAUUUUUUGCCUCGCACAGACAUCCCUUUGGAAGACAUCUUCAAGUCACUCUUCUGCUUGCCAUGUCUUUUAUGUGGAAGGUGUCUAAUAGACACAUGUAUACCUGAAAGUGUGAUGUUGAGAGAUCCAAGGCGCCUCUAUGCACCAGGCCGGCUUUACCACAUUGUUGAAAGGAAACCUUUCAGCUGUGGAAGAAUCCCCCCUGUUGUAAGAACAGCAGUUCCAGUGGAUGGCAGAUUUGAGCACAUUGUUCUAUCUUGCAACGCAACAUCCGACCAUGCUAUUAUAUGGAUAGAAAGAGAAGCUCAAAGGGCACUAGAUUUGUUGCUGGAGAAUGAGAAAACCAUGGAAGCACCUGAAGUUCAAAGGAUGGGUAAUGAGAUCACCGUGACAAGGGCUCAUGAUGAGGAGCAGCAGGCAGCACUGAGGCGUGCGGUUGCGCUGGGGGUCGCUGACGUUAAUGUACCAUCGACAUAUGGUACGUUUGACGAAAAUCCUACUUCCAAAGCUGAUGAGGCCUCCCCGCUGCUAUCAGACAGCGGUAGGCGCAGGGCCUGGGACGAGUGGAUCUCAAGGAUAUUUGAGAAGGAUGAUUCCGGACAAAUGGUUCCGAGGAGAUGAUUGCGGCAACAGCUCAAGGCAUGCUGGCUGGGCCUACUCUUAAUGUUAGCUGAUCUUCCCACCUCUUCAAGUCAAUUUUGAAACCUUGAAAUGGUGUUGGAAGGAAGUAGGAGUUAUUAAUUCGAGCAGGUAUUUAGAGGUGUCAAGUAGUGUAUAGCAAUGAAUAAGUUUGCCCUCUGGUUGCAAAAUGUCGCAGGCUGUGUACUUCUACAUGAAUAGUUUGGUAGUUUUACACUGACACAAUGGGAUUUGCAGAGUAUAGGGUCACCUAUGAGUAUGAUGUUGCAAGUAGAUCUAGUAUAGCAGUAUGUAUCAAUGAAGAUAGAAUAGGAUCUUGAGCAAGAACCUUUGUUAACAGGAACAUGCAAAUGUGCAGCGUUAAAUUGCUUUCUUCA